AUGGUUGAAGUUGCGCAAGGAUUCAUCAAGAAUUCUGAGAAAAUCAAGAUCUCUAAGAAAGCCUACAAGAAGCAACUCCAACAUAGGAAAUUACCUCCCAAUACUGUCAAAGUAAAAGUCUAUGAAACAGUUACUAUCCCAGCACAUACCAUCAAGCUCAUCAAAGUCAAGACCAUAUGGAAGGAAGGUCAAGCCUCUGACUGCCUGAUAGAUAGAAACAAUCCUAAGAUUCAGGUUUCUAACCUGUCAGAACAUCCUUUAAGAUUGCAAGGAGGAGAAAUUCUUGGAUAUCUGCAUGAUCCCAACAAAUACCUUGCAAAGGAAAAGGACAUUACUAAGGAAGAAAAAGACAGCAUUAUCAAGUAUGCUACCUUAGUACAAGCCAUGGUGCAGAGGAAAGCUGAAGAAAAACCUACUGCACAAGAAGAGAAAUUAAUGAAGUCUCCUGAAGGAGGACCCAAGACUGCUGAAGUACCUGACCCAGAACCUGUCCCUUCAGAUAGAUUCCUUCAAGAAGUUAAUUUCUCAGAACAUCUCACUCCUAAUCAAAGGGCUAAGCUAGAAAAAGUUUUGCGCAAGCAUGAGUUAGCCUUUGGAUUAGAUGGUAGACUUGGUACUCAUAACACUCAACUGGAAAUUAGACUAAGGCCAGGAACUAAAGAAAUAUCUCUAACCCCUUACCAUGCUUCUCCAGCUAAAAGAGAAGUCAUUGACAAGCAGAUUGAGGAAUGGCUUAAACUUGGAGUCAUUGAGCCAUCCAAGAGUGCUUGGGGAUUUCCUGUCAUAGUAGUCUAUUGCAACAGUAAACCCAGACUAUGUGUGGAUUACAGACAUCUCAAUGAAGUAGCUGUACCAGAUGAGUAUCCCUUACCAAAACAAACUGAUAUCUUGCAUGCCUUGGAAGGAUCUCAAUGGCUUACUACCUUAGAUGCGCUAGCUGGUUUCACUCAGCUAACCAUUAAGGAAGAAGACAGAGAGAAACUUGCUUUCAGAUGUCACAAUGGCCAUUGGCAACCUACCAAACUACUUUUUGGAUAUAGGAAUGGACCAGCAGAAUUCCAGUGUGUCAUGAAUAGGAUACUUUCAAGAUUUCUAUGGCAAUUUGCCCUGGUAUAUAUUGAUGACAUAGUGAUCUAUAGUGUUGAGUUUGAAGACCAUUGCAAUCACUUAGAUCAAGUCUUAGGAGCUAUUGAAGAAGCUGAAAUCACCCUAUCUCCAAAGAAAUGCCACAUUGGAUACCAAUCACUACUAUUGCUAGGACAGAAGGUAUCAAGAUUAGGUCUAUCAACCCAUAAGGAAAAGGUUGACGCUAUCUUAGAGUUGGAACCCCCUAAAAAUGUUCCUACUUUACAGACUUUCCUAGGGAUGAUGACUUAUUUCUCUAGCUAUAUUCCCUUCUACUCAUGGAUUGUAGCGCCUUUGUUUAAGCUUCUCAAGAAAGGAACAGCUUGGUCUUGGGAGGAAAAGGAACAACAGGCGUUUGAACUUGCUAAAGAGGCCCUUGCAUCUGCUCCAGUAAUGGCUUAUCCUAUUAUUGGAAAACCCUACAGAUUAUAUACAGAUGCAUGCAACUAUGGCCUUGGAGGAAUAUUACAGCAAGUCCAAUCCAUCAAGAUAAAAGACUUAAAAGGGACAAAGGCAUACAAGUACUUAAGGGGGGAAUAUCAAAAAGGAAACCCAGUUCCUAGAAUGACAAUUCCUGCUUCCAAGCAGAGAGACAACAUGACUGGGGGGGAUACAUGGGAUAAGCAAGACUUUGAAGAAACAACUGUACAAGUGGAGCAAGUCAUUGCUUAUUGGUCCAGGAUUCUGAAAGAAGCAGAAAGAAACUACUCCCCAACAGAGCGCAAGGCAUUAGCCCUCAAGGAAGCACUUGUGAAAUUUCAGGUAUACUUGGAAGGAGCUGAAUUUGUUGCUAUCACAGAUCAUGCUGCUCUCACUUGGAGCAAGACUUACAAUAAUGUCAACAGAAGACUCAUGACAUGGGGCCUAGUAUUCUCAGCCUAUCUAGGAAUGCAGAUUGUGCACCGCGCAGGAAGAGUGCAUGACAAUGCAGAUCCCAUCCCAAGACUUAGGAGGAGAACCCCAUAUCAUACCAGCCCUCUGGCAGAUCAAUCAACUCCACUCAAGCUCAAUAUGGAGGAAGACCCAUUUAGAAACCUCUAUAAGGAGAUAAAUGAAUGUUUUGAAGAGAAACUUCUUAGAGUUGCAAGCACAUUCACCCAGAGCUACAAAAUUGGAAAUAACCAGAAGCCCAUCAAGAAGUGGAUACCCACACCAGCAGAAGCUAUCUCCUAUCAAACAACUACAUCAUACUCUGUGGAAAUAUCAAUAAACUCAGAAGAAAUCACAAGGUUCAUAGAAGCAUACAAGAAGGACUCCCAUUUUAAGCAAGUGAUGGAAGAGUUCCAAUUGCACCACAAUCCACUCAAUCCACCCUUUCAUCAAUAUCAGAUAGGAGAUAAUGGAUUGAUCUACUUUAUAGAUUCCCAGGAAAAGUAUUGGCUAUGUGUACCUAAGGAUCUACAAGUAGAUAUUUUGAAGGAAAAUCAUGAUAACCUCAAUCAAGGAGCACAUGCUGGUUAUGCUAAGACAUAUCAUCAAAUUGCUUCUGUUUACUAUUGGCCUAAGAUGGCUAGAAGCAUUCAGAAAGGAUUCCUUCAACCUUUACCUAUUCCACAGCAACCCUUUGAAGUAGUAUCAAUGGACUUCAUCAUGGAUCUUCCACCAAGUAACAACUACAACGCUAUCCUAGUUAUUGUGGACAAACUAACUAAGUAUGGACAUUUCAUCCCAUGUACUACUCAGAUAGAUGAAGUACAAACAGCGCAACUGUUCCAUGAUCACAUAUGGUGUCACUAUGGUUUACCUUGGCAAGUAAUCACUGAUAGAGAUGCUAGAUGGACAGGAGCCUUUUGGGGUCACUUAGUUAGUAUGUUAGGAAUUUGGCAAGUGCUCACCACUGCACAUCAUCCUCAGAGUGAUGGACAAACAGAAAUACUUAAUUAG